AUGUUGAAUGAAGAUAUGUCUUUUGAAUAUAAUGAAGAGAAUUUUGAAGAAGAUGUUGAAGAUUUUGAAAAAUACACAGAAAGAACAUAUUCUGAGGAGGAUUUUGAAGAGUAUUAUGAAAGCAAUUUUACAACCAACUUGAAAGAUGAUUAUUAA